AUGGCUAGUCCUACCGUUCUCACGUUUGACUCUGAGGGCCGUCCGAUUAAGUUUGACGUUUGGCUCGAUGACCUGCACCUGUUCCUCCAGAUCACUGCCAAGGACGAUGUUUCCCUUUUUUACCACACGUCCGGCGCCGCUCCUGCGCCUGCUGCUACUGCUGACAGCACUGCUCGAUCACAGUGGCAGACCCGUGACGCUCAUGCUCGCCUAGCCGUUCGCAGCCACCUACCGCUAGAUGAGCGCGAGCACUUUGGCCAGCAUAAAACCGCUAAGGAGCUGUACGACGCUGUAGUUGCACGCUACUCCUCCCCUGCCACUGCUGUGAUAGGCCGUCUCUCACUGCCCUAUCUCUUCCCCGAUCUGGACCACUUUCUCGCCCUCUCCCCUACCGACCUCACUGUUGACCUGCUCGAGAAGGAACUCCUCGCAGCUGAGAAGAGCAUUGUAGCUGUAGGUGCCUCUCGUGGCGACCCUCACACUCCCUUCUUUGAGGGGUGCUCCCCCUCCCCCCUCCUCCCCUCCAUUGCAUCUGCUGCUGCUGUCGACUUCCUCGGUGCUGAGGGGGUCGGGGCUGCGUCUGCUCCCAGUGGGAGGCGCAAGGGCGGCAGGGGCAAGGGGGGCAGGGGUGGCGGAGGUGGCGGCGGGGGCGGCGGCAGUGGAGGGGGUGGAGGGGGCGGGGGUGGUGGCGGUGGUGGGAGUAGCGCUGGUGGUGGGGGGGUCAGUGGCGGGGCAGGGGGUGGAGGCGGCGGAGGUGGCGGGGGUGGUGGUGGCAGUGGUGGCGGCGGUGGAGCAGGUGGCGGGCGCGGCGGAGCAGUGCAGCGUGGGGGGUUCGGCGGUGGCCAGAGGCAGCAGCAGCAGUGUACCUGCCCGUACGUCAUCCGCACAGGUGACCGCACUGGCCAAACCUGUGGGAGGUUCCACACGGCGCAGCGCUGCUUCUUUCGACUCGACGACGCCUGGCGCGAGCAGUUUCCUGAUGCCGCUGAGUUGCCUCGCUGGGCUGAUCUGCUUAAGAAAGGAAUUGAUAUCUUUGCUCUUGAUUAUGAUGCUAUUCUUGGUGCUAUGUAUGCAUUGACUAUUAGUGUUGAGGGUGACUGCUACUUGAGGGUACCGCCCGACCCGGGUAUAGGGACCAGUGAGACUGCCGCUCUAGGUGCUAGUGCGUCUGCUGCCCUACGUCCUGGUGAGGCUGCUGCUCUAGGUGCCAGUGAGUCUGCUGCUCCAGGUGCUUGUGAGUCUGCGCCUGCUGGUACUGCGUCUACUGAGGCACUGCACACCUUCACACUGGAGUCAGGUGCUUCCCGCUGCUUCUUUCGUGACCGCACUGUCCUUGAGCCGCUAGCUCGACCAGUUGCUGUCUCUCUCGCUGACCCCUCUAGGGGUCCAGUCCUUGCGACCUCCUCCACUGUCCUCCCUUGUCCGGCGGUUCCGGCCGGCACCCUGUCGGGUCUUUACCUCCCCUCAUUCUCUACGAACUUGGUGGCGGGCUCUGCUCUCCAGGACGGGGGUGUUCACCAGUUCACCCCUGCCAAUGAGCGUAUGACCCACUGCACGUGUGCUCGGUCGGGUCGCCACCUGGCUACCUUUACUCGGCGGCCGGGGUCGGACCUAUACACACUGACCACUGAGUCCCCUCAGGUAGCUGCGUCUGUGUCUGCGUCAGGUCAGCUGUCGGCCCCCUGCUCGUGUCGUACCCUGUCGCACCAGACGGUCCUCUGGCACCACCGCCUUUGUCACCCUUCAGUGCAGCGCCUUCGUGGCAUGCACUCCCGGUACCUUGUCUCUGGUCUUCCCAGGGUUCUCCCUCCUCUCCCACCCUCGCCUGCUCCUCCCUGUCUUCCCUGUGUCGAGGGGCGGCAGCGCGCCACUCCUCACUCCUCCUCGUUUCCUCCCACAGAGGCUCCUCUGCAGACUCUCCACCUGGACGUGUGGAGCCCAGCCCGCGUCCGUGGACAGGGCCACGAGCGGUACUUCCUGCUGGUCGUCGACGACUACACGUGCUACACCACGGUCUUCCCCUUGCGCACCAAGGGAGAGGUCCCUGAUGUUUUGAUCCCAUGGAUCCGCGCUGUUCGUCUCCAGCUCCGCGAGCGAUUCCAGUCGGAUUUUCCUGUCCUGCGUCUGCACUCUGACCGGGGUGUUCAGUACGCUGCGCAUCAGCUCAACCUCUGGCCCCGUGUCUCUGCUCCGGAGACCUCGCCCACAAUGCGUUGGACGGGGAAGGUUGGCGAUGCGUCGGUGUUCCGAGUCUGGGGAUGUCGAGCCUUUGUCCGUGAUACGUCCGCGGACAAGCUCUCCUCCCGUGUCGUUCCCUGCGUCUUUCUAGGCUUUGUCCCUGACGCGCCUGGCUGGCAGUUUUACCACCCCACCUCGCGGCGUGUCUUCCCCUCUCAGGACGUCACUUUUGAUGAGUCGGUACCCUUUUACCUUCUGUUCCCCUAG